GCCAUACCAGGAAGUGUUCAGCGUGCAGGUGAAUGGGGAGUUUGGAGGGCCAUGGCUAUGUCUCCCAGUGACCUGUAUAUGACAGCACCCAGAGUAACUCAAGAGAGUCUUUUCAUUCAUUACAAAGAAUGGUUGAUUGCAGCCUAUCAGUCCGGAGUGUGUGCUCCGUGCGGUGAUCUGAGGGUUCUAAAUGCCGUGAGGGAAUACCUGCUGGUAGAUCCAGGUUUGCACACCAGCUUGCAAAAUGAUGCCUUCAAGCUGAUUGUUGGUGGACUCAUGAUGAGGGACAACAUGCACUCUGCAUUGGAUCAUCUUGUAGUCGCUUUUCAGUUCUUUGAACAGGCUGCUCUUCAUCUUUAUUAUUAUCCAUGGAGGAAGGAGUUGUUUACAAUACAUACGUACUCUGGACAUUACGUGCAUGUAUGGCAAGCUGCCCUUCCACAGGAUGGGAUUUUCCAAGCCCUGCGACGAUUGGGGUACUUACCGCAUGAGAAUGGCAAAAUCCUACAUCUGUUCUCCCAGCACAACGCAGAGAAUCUUUCUAUGGCUGCAUUCGGCUUUCUGGCUGGCCAGAUCGAGUGUCAAAUCUUAUCCAGCAUUCUUUCCAGCUCAGGAUCAGGAAUAUUUACUGUAGAUGACCUGUUCCGAGAGAGAAGCCGCUGCCGAGGAGAAUUGGCAUGUAUAGAGGAUCUAAGGAAGCUAAGCCUAGAUGUAUACCCAGUUCCUGAUCUUUCAGGAGAACAAGGUUUUGAAGUAGUGGCAACUGGUGAGUUUCAUGAUUUGCAAACGGUGAACUGUUACCAUUGUCAAGAGCCCUGGGACAUGCAUGUGAUGGGCCAGUGCAGGAAAGAAGCUGCAAUUAGCACUACACCGUCGUUGCUUUAUUCUUCCGAACAGACGCAGGCUAAGACACCGAACGUAGAUGUUGUUUUACAUGACUGUGUGUUUUCUGACCAGUGCCUUGAGUUCCACUGUGCCAAGUGCCAUACCCUCCAUAGCCCAUGGUGCUCUGUGCUUGGGGCAUGCAAGGAGUCACGCCACCAUAUUAAGGUUUUGAGUGCAAAAGAGAAGCAGGAUGCUCUCCAAGAAGAGGAGAGAAACCGAUUUCAAUUGCACUCUUGUCUACAACCAAACCAUUUACCUCAUUACCGCUGCGUUUCCUGCAAGCAGCUCCACUAUAUAAACUGCAAUCUGGUAACACAGUGCCGCACGCAAGGUCACCGUGCCAUCAUGAUCAUGCUGGAGAAGGAUCAAAAACUUUGGUUAUUGAGAAGCACAACCGACCUGACUCUUCUUGCUAGGCGUAUUAAUACUCCGGCAACGGAUGGUGUAUGAAGCUGUCCUUAGAUGCUUGUGGGUGCAGGAUUAUCAAACUCUAUGAAAUGAAUAAACAUUACGACUUGAAGCAAGUAAA